GGACAGAGGCUGUUCGAGUGCUGGGCCCGUGCUGGCCCCCUGGGACAGGCCUGGAGCCGGUGGGCAGAGAGGCAGACCCGGACACUGAGUCUCCACACGGUGACCAGAGCCCUCAUCAGGAGGUCCACGGGGCGGUGGGAACCCAGGGAAGGCACCCCAGGGGGGCGGUCAGGGUUUUAGGAGCGGAGUGGCUUGGUGUGUGUUUUCCCUGUGGCUUCCUGGUGCCAGGCCCCGUGUUGGGCAGUGCUGAGGAUCCAGUGGGGAGUUGGAUCUGGCUUGGCUCUGGGGAGGCACAGUUGCUGUUGAUCCUGGCUUAUCUCCUUUCUAAGACUCUAAGCCUCUUUGGCUAAAUGCAGCUGGCAUUGGCCUGCCUGACUCUGCUGCAGUUCCCUCUGUUCCUCUGCUUCAGCCCCAGAGAACAUUCAGGUCAGACUCCUACUUGUGUUAUCUUAUGUCUUAGCCCUUUUCCUCCUGGAAGCCUUCCAGAGCUAACCCCCACCUUGGCAGAGCUGAAGAGCGGGACAGUUUAUCACCAUGCCUGGCCCAUGAGCAGCAUUGCUUCGUGUUAGCUGAGAGCUCUGGGCUCAGACAGGCGUGGAUUCGGAUCCCAGCCGCACAUCUCAUACCUUUGUGAACUUAGACAAGUGACUUGAACCACUCAGUUUCUGCCUGGAUAAAGCGGGAAUGACGAUAACAGUAUUGCCCUUGGUAGGAAGGCCGUUAACGCUUUCCCGUUAGAGCCCAGCAGAGCACAGAGAGAUGGGUGCAAAGCAAGUGGAAGAGGCUUUCUAGCCAGCCAUUCCUAGGCUGGGCCUUGGCUCCAGGCUCUUCCAGCCCCGUGACCUUGGACCCAUUACUUCCCCUUUCCCAGGUUCAGUUUCCUUCUCUGUUCCUAAGAUGGACAGCACAGUCUGCCAUUCCCUGGAUAAGUCUAGGCCAUCCUGAUGGCUGUGCACCCCGUUUGCCCGGCCCUGUGUUGGGCACACGGACACAGCAGUCCUGGCUCAGUGCUCUGCUGUGGAGUUGGAGAGGAGGGUCACUUGGCACACUUCUUGAGGGUCUCCUGGGCCAGACUCACAGCAAUGCUGGGCAUCCAUUCCUGUCCUGGAGCAGCUCAGAGACAUAUGGGGGAGACAUAUGUAGGGGAGAAGCACCAGGCAGAGGGAUGGGAGUUUUUGCCAGAAUAGCCCCUAGGAGCUGUAAGAGCCUAGAGGGAAGGUUUUCUGGUCAGGGAAGGGUGAUCAGGGGAGGGGGUGGCACGUCCAGAGUCUUGAAGGAUGGAGUGGAAUUGGCCAAGAGGACCCUGGGACUCCAGGGAGGACGAUGGUGAGCUUGGGACAGGCAGUGGCAAAAUUAUGGCCCUUGGCCUCCAGCAAACUGCCUAGCUGCCCCGGGGGCUUUGGCUGUCACUGCUGGGCACACAGUCCUCCGGGCAUCUGUGCUCAGACGCCUCUCACAGCCCCUUAAACCUUGCUCCUUGUCCUUUGGUGCUGCCCUAGGCCGCCUCCGCUGAGGCAUGUGUGGGAUGUUGGGGCCCCAGGGAGUCAGCAGUGACCCUGGCCUCUGGGUGGAGACAGACUCCAGAUCCCGCUUGCCGAGCCCUUGGCAGGCGCCUGGACUUGGCCCUGAUCCUUGUCCUAAGCCCUUGGAGGCUCUGGGAUGGAGAUGGUCCCCCCCAUUUUAGGGGGAUGGGACUGAGCCCCAGGCUCAUGCUCUAAUGGUCUGUGUGAGAUUCCAGAGUGUGACUCUUUACCGUAAUGCCACUACUUCUGUUGACUUGUUUUUUUGGUCAAGUUUGGGGUCUAGGGGAGACAAAGGCUGUUCUGAAGGCCUCUUAGGUGUCAGUCAUUGGGUUGGGGACUCUGGGCUCCCCCUCCGAUGGGGCGUACAUGCAGGGCCGCUGCUGGCUCAGGGGACUCCAAGACCCAGCCCCUUACUUCAGGUGUGACUUUCAUAGGUGGCUGGGACACGGCCGGUGAGGUGGUGAGAGCUGAGAUCCAGGUGGCAGGAGGCUUCACAGAACCAUGAGAUGGUUGAGGGUGUGCAGGCUGUCACACUAAUAGUGUCGGUGGCCCUGUUGGAGCACAGAGCGCUAUCACCUCACAGCCACUGAGCAGCCAGCCAACCCCAAUCUGCGGGGGUGGACCAGGGGCCUGUGCUGCUCUGCCAGGCUGCCGGGGGGACCCUGAGACCCGGGUCCUCCUUGGUGGAGUGUCCCUGGCUCUGUCUGUGCCUGGCCCUUGGGAUCACAGAACACCGGCUUCUGUCUCAUGCUGAAUGCAGAGCCCUGGGUAGCUUUGUAUCAGACAAUGCUGGGAACCCAGAGACGCAUCAGAUGUGGUCCCGGUCUUGAAGCUCAGGGUCGGGCCGGUCAGAGAGUCGUGGAUUCCUGGGGCUGUGGUGUGCAGGGUCUGUGCUGGGAGCCAGUCUCUGCCCUCCUGGAGCUUGAGGUCUGCUGGGUAUGGGGGGCAGGUGGGACGGCAGGGGUGAAUAAGGCAGGGAGAUCCCCCCCCUGCCCCCGCCUGGGGUUAUAGGACUCAUCUGUUACAAUGGAAGCUAGAGGGAGCAAGUGCUAGUGUCCUAAGAGUGGGAGAGGAAAGAAACUGCCUUGGAGCUGCCGACCCAGUUAGAGUCUCGGCCCUUUUGCUCCAUGGCCGUGUGACGCUGGGUUAGCCCCUGCGCUUAUCUGAACCCCUGCUCUAAUGGUCCUGGUCAGCGUUUGCUAGGCACUGGCUCCUUGUUGGGCACUUCACACGCAUCAUGUCAUUUGGUCUUGAGCCUAAGCCCAUGGGGGUGAGGAUGCACAGGGGUGAAGCACCUUGCCCAGGGUCACAUGGCUGGUGGGGCAGAUUCUGACCUGGCAGCCUGCCAGGAGAGCUUGUCCUCUUGUCUCACGGUGGCUGUGAGGAUCAGGAUUCUGUACCUAUAGCACCCCGUGCCCAAGGUCUGCGAUGUAGUCUGCUUGAUGAAUGCACUCUCUUAUUGUUUGAUUCGGGAGGACUGUUGAGCUGAGGGAAGAAGUCUGGGAAGGCUUCCUGGGGGAUGUGCUGUUUUUGCUGGGCCUAGGCAGCAAAUCUGCAGGGAGAAGGCGGGUGAGGUGGAAGGAAGCAUCAGAGAGAAAGGCCAGGGUGGGAGAGUCCACACCCACCCAGAGGAUGGGGAGUCCGGCCCGUUGGCCUGAUUGAGGGGUGACAGCCCUAAGAUGGCCUGUGGGUGUGUUUCUGAUCUUUUUUUUGGGGGGGGCCUGCAGAGUAUUUUUGUUUGUUUAAAUGAUUUUCAGUUAUCUGCCAACAUUUAAGAAACAGGAGCGUUCACAGGCAUUUGAAGAUCUAGACGCCGGAUGGCAGCAGGGACCCAGACAUGGAGCUGCGGGAAGAGGCCUGGUCUCCGGGGCCGCUGGAUUCCGAGGACCAGCAGAUGGCCAGUCACGAGAACCCAGAUCUGCUGAAGGAGAAUGAAGAGAAGCUGCCUGCGGGCAGGCCUGAGGCGGCCGCGGUUGCAGAGAGGAAACUGAGACAGGCUGGGUGCUUUGCCGAGGGCUCACAGCCAGUGGGCACAGCCCCUCGACCCCCGGCUGCCUCAGCGGUGGACAUCCUCAUCAUGGAUGACGACGACGUCCCCAGCUGGCCCCCGACCAAGCUGUCCCCGCCCCAGUCGGCGCCCCCGGCCGGCCCCCCGCCCCGGCCGCGGCCGCCGGCCCCCUACAUCUGCAACGAGUGCGGCAAGAGCUUCAGUCACUGGUCCAAGCUGACGCGGCACCAGCGCACGCACACGGGUGAGCGGCCCAACGCCUGCAGCGACUGCGGCAAGACCUUCUCGCAGAGCUCGCACCUGGUGCAGCACCGGCGCAUCCACACGGGCGAGAAGCCCUACGCCUGCUCCGAGUGCGGCAAGCGCUUCAGCUGGAGCUCCAACCUCAUGCAGCACCAGCGCAUCCACACGGGCGAGAAGCCCUACGCCUGCCCCGACUGCGGCCGCAGCUUCACGCAGAGCAAGAGCCUGGCCAAGCACCGGCGCUCGCACAGCGGCCUCAAGCCCUUCGUGUGCCCGCGCUGCGGCCGCGGCUUCAGCCAGCCCAAGAGUCUGGCGCGCCACCUGCGGCUGCACCCCGAGCUGUCGGGGCCCGGCGUGGCGGCCAAGGUGCUGGCAGCCAGCGUGCGCCGGGCCAAGGCGCCCGAGGAGGCGGCGGCGGCGGACGGCGAGAUCGCCAUCCCGGUGGGCGACGGCGAGGGCAUCAUCGUGGUGGGCGCGCCGGGCGAGGGGGCCGCGGCGGCCGCAGCCGUGGCGGGCGCGGGGGCCAAGGCGCCGGGGCCCCGCUCGCGGCGCGCCCCGGCCCCCAAGCCAUACGUGUGCGUGGAGUGCGGGAAGGGCUUCGGGCACGGGGCCGGGCUCCUGGCCCACCAGCGCGCCCAGCACGGGGACGGGCUCGGGGCGGCGGGGGGCGAGGAGCCCGCGCACAUCUGCGUGGAGUGCGGCGAGGGCUUCGUGCAGGGCGCCGCGCUGCGGAGACACAAGAAGGUCCACGCCGUGGGCGCGCCCUCGGUCUGCAGCCGCUGCGGACAGAGCUACUACCGGGCCGGCGGGGAGGACGAGGACGAAGACGAGGCCGCCGGCCGGUGCAGCGAGUGCCGCGGCGGGGAGGGCCGGUAGGGGCGGGGGCCCGGGGGGGCAGGGCCCCUCGGGCUUGGCGGGGACGACGGCAGGACCCAGAGUCCCGGGGAGACACGGGCAGAGGGGUGCUGCGGGCCGGCGGCGGCGUCGCGGGCUCCCCCCCUCCCCGGGCGCGCGGUCCGCGGGGCGCGGGGGGCCUGGGGGAGGGGCGCUGGGCAGCUCCCUCGGCGCCCAGGCCACGCCCGCCCGCGUCCCGCCCCCGCCCUGCGCCGGGCCUGCCCCUUGUAGGUUCUCGGCCGAGCCCGAGAUAGACAAUGUGUGACUAGACAGACCAAGACACGAGAGAACCCACGGGCGAAAGCCCUUGUUGCCUCUUUCUCUUCCCCCACCGGCUGGGGGAGUUGCGAGGAUGGAGAGAAAUCGGGCCUUUUCCGUUUAGAGAGGCCCCAGGGAGGGAAGGGAAAGAGGGGUCCUUUUUCCUUUUAGAGUUUUCUUUUAAUCCUACCCGCCCCCUGACCCCUCCCACCCGUUAUGUUUUCUCUUCUCCCCCUCGGGUCCCAUGGUUUUUCCUCGCCCAAGCCCUUCCUCCCGCUCCUGGAUCUGGGGUAGCGGAGCAGUGAUGGAGCAGAACUCGCCCCUGUUACAAGCGUGCCCCUCAGAGAAGGGGGUGCCCGUCUCUCGUUCCUAGCCUGGGCGCGGUAGGAGAGGGGCCGGGGGAAAUAAAUGGCACUGUCCGAUUGUC